GACCUUGACAAAUAUACAUCACCGUCCUUUGUUGGAAAAAAAAAACCCUAGCUUCUCUACCUCUCACCGAUGGUCAUGGUCGCAUAGCCAUUCGCAGAUCUGGUCGUUGACAAUUUUGAGACUUUGCAGAUGGAUAAAAAGACUGCUUCCUCGCCAUGGGAGCGAGCCCAGUCCCUAUUCGAUAAGACUAUUGAGUUGGAAGCCAAGCGUAGGAAGGCUGCACAGUCUAGGACCCCGACGUCUGACCCCAAUUUGUGGCAGCAAAUUCGAGAGAAUUACGAAGCAAUCGUUCUUGAAGAUCAUGCUUUCUCCGAGCAGCACACCAUUGAGUUUGCGCUUUGGCAGUUGCAUUACAAACGGAUUGAGGAAUAUAGAUCAAACAUCAACGCUGUCUUGGCCUCUGGUAGCUCCGGUGCGGCUCAGAAUGCAAAGGGUCCUUCUAUACCCGAACGAGUCGCGAGGGUCAAGCUGAGGUUCAGAACUUUCCUUUCGGAAGCAACUGGGUUUUACCAUGAGAUGAUCUUAAAAAUCAGAUCGAAGUAUGGUCUUCCCUUGGGUUACUUUUCCGAGGAUCAAGAGAGUCAAAAUUUGGCUGAUAAGGAUGGGAAGAAGCUGGCUCAAGUUAAAAAAGGCUUGGUGUCUUGUCACCGUUGCUUAAUAUACCUUGGUGAUCUUGCUCGUUACAAAGGAUUGUAUGGAGAGGGAGGAGAUUCCAAGAACCGAGAGUAUGCUGCUGCUUCGGGUUACUAUUUGCAAGCAGCUUCUCUAUUGCCAGCAAGUGGAAACCCACAUCAUCAGCUUGCUAUAAUUGCUUCUUAUUCGGCGGAUGAGUUUGCAGCAACGUAUCGUUACUUCCGGAGCUUGGCUGUGGAGAGUCCUUUCCCCACUGCCCGUGACAACUUGAUUGUUGCUUUUGAAAAGAAUCGUCAGAGUUAUGCUCAAUUGCUUGCGGCUUCCAAAGACUCAUCUACAAAGCCGAAUGGUAAAGGAAGAGGUAAAGGCGAAGACAAAUCAUCGGAAGAUGCGAACGUGGCUUCUGUUCUUGAGAAGGAUAAAGUAACUAGCGCAAAUGAGAUGCUCAAAGCAUUCUGCAUUAGAUUUGUUCGUCUCAACGGGAUUCUUUUCACCCGAACAAGCCUGGAGACAUUCUUUGAUGUUCUUGCUUCCACUAGCAUCAGUCUACGAGAGCUGAUUUCUUCAAGCUUAAUGGAAGAGCUGGGUUUUGGCAAACACACCGGUGACAGCGCACUAUUCAUUGUUAGACUCGUGACAAUUCUUAUAUUUAGCGCCCAUAACCUUAAGAAAGGGACAGACCCUAAGAAAGAGACAGAGGGUCAGUCAUAUGGCCAAAUUGUACAGCGUGUGGAGCCUGCUAGAAACUCCUUAACAGCAAGUUUUGAGUUACUUGGACACGUAAUAGAGCAGUGUGCGCAACUGCGUGAUCCUUCGUCAAGUUAUUUCUUGCCUGGUGUCUUAGUUUUUGUUGAAUGGUUGGCCUGUUGUCCUGAUAUUGCAUCGGGAAGUGAUCCGGAUGAAAGACUGGCUGCUGUGAGAAACAGAUUUUGGAACCAGUGUGUUGCCUUCUUCAAUAGAAUCUUGUCGCUUGGGCCCAUGUAUAUUGAUGAUGUCGAAGAUGAGACUUGCUUCUCAAACAUGAGCAUGUAUGAUGAACGAGAAACUGAAAACCGACUUGCACUGUGGGAGGACUAUGAACUAAGAGGGUUCUUGCCAUUGCUUCCAGCUCAGACUAUUCUCGAUUUCUCAAGAAAACAUUCCUUAGGAACUGAAGGGCCCAAGGAAAAGAAAGCUCGUAUUAAGAGGAUCCUAGCAGCAGGGAAAGCAUUGACCAGUGUGAUCAAGGUUGAUCAGAAUUGUGUUUAUUUUGAUUCAAAGAAGAAGAAGUUUCUUGCUGGUGUUAAACCGCCGGGUGACUUGCUGGAUUCCCGUUCAAGCCCACCUGAAGCUGAUAAUGCGUUACAAGAUAACCAAGCAAUGAUGAACCAUAAUACGCCAGUGACGCAACGAGAUCAGCAGAUUUACUUGGGUGAGGAUGAUGAUGAUGAAGAAGAAGAAAUUGUUUUCAAGCCUCUAGUUACUGAGAAGAGGAAUGGGUCUUCUGACCAAAGCUAUGUUCCCAAUGGAGGCUUGAGGAAUCCUGAUCAAGUUCCUAGCGGAGGCUUCAGGAAACCUGAUCAAGUUGCUGCUAUGAGAGAAGACUUAAACGCUCUGAGUGUUUCAGAUGCAGCUUUUCAAGGAAACAUGCUUCAGCAGGCAAGAGGCAACGCAGCUGUUCAAGUGUCUGCGUCUGUCGGUUCUAAUCUUCUGGGACAUCUUCUUCCGUCAACCCAGACUCAAGGUAUACAGUUGCAACAACCUCAGACACAAGCAGUGCAUCCUCAGCAAGCUCAAUCGCUGGCUUCUGCACGACUUCAACCACAUCAAUCACAGGUCUCACAACUUCAACCACAUCAAUCACAGGUCUCACAACUUCAACCACUGCAAUCACGGACUGUGCACUUUCAACAAACUCAGGGACAGGUUUCACAUGUUGCACCGGCCCAGUCACAAUCUACUUCCCUUAGUGGUAGCAACUGGUUCCCAAAUGAAGCUGCUAGGAGCCUAUCUGGUUUUGCUCAGAUGGGUAAUGGUCUUGUGAUGAGGAACGAGAUGCAAGGAAAUCAGGGAUUUUCCUAUUACCCUGCACACUCAUUGCCGAUCCACCAGUCUUUCAAUGUCAACGGUAUGGGUGGUAUGCCAUAUUCUCAGUCCCGAACACCCGAAGCUGUGUUGCCGCCCAAUAUCAAUGGAGUUAUUGCUGAUGGCCUGGGUGUGCAGUCUUCAUUAGCGAGAAAAAAUCCAAUCGUUAGAGCCUCCAGGCAUCUCGGCCCUCCACCUGGGUUUAACUCUGUCCCCUCUAAGCUGGUAAAGGAGGCAGCACCUGGUCCGGAUAUGUCUGGCAACAAUCCACAGGUUGAUGAUUACAGCUGGUUGGAUGGAUACCAAGGCCAAUCUUCUCGAGGCACCGGUUUCAACGGUUCUUUGAAUUACGCAUCUCCUGGGAAACCAGAGCACAUGGGUACCGGCAAUGGAUUGAACGGGCCUGCCACCUUUCCGUUCCCUGGAAAACAAGCUCCAUCAUCACAGACACAAGCAGAAUUUCCUUAUGCUCAGCAUCCUCAGAGAGACAACGAUCAAUCAGCUCAACUCCCCGAUCAAAAUCAAGGACAGCCCAGUUGGUCGAGUCGUCGCUUUGUGUGAAAUCACAAUGGAAGAGUAACACGGUGAGUGUCUGCUACCUAACUCCAACUUAGCCUCGUUCUGUUGAAGUCUCUCUUGUUGGAGUGUUUGUAGCCUUGGCUUCUUGUGGGGCGCUUCCUACCUGACAGAUUCAGGACACAGCUCAUGUUUGUGAAGGAUAUGUAUGGUAACAAGAAUGAAUGGUUUCUGGGAAUUUGAUAGGAGUUAAGAAAGUGCCUUUCUCUUGCUACUUGGAGUGGAGAUGUUAAAGACCAUAUGAUUGAAUAAGCUCUCGCUCUGGAUGAAGCACACUUUUAUCCUCUUGUAUUUAUUUUCUUGCGAAUAAUGUUUAGCUGUUUUCUUGCGGCGAAUCUUUCGAUCUUGGGUUGCUUUGCCUUGCCUCAUUUGUUGUGUGUGUUCUUCGAAUCUUUCUCUCUUAAGUUGAACAUCAUAAGUCGUGUCAAAACUCUGCAAGUGGGAUUGAAUAAAAGACGUUUCUCUUA